GAAAUUCCAUCGAUUCCAACGGAUCAUUCUCUCUCUCUCUCUAAUUAUUCUUCCUCCCUUUUAUUUUUGUUUUUUCAUCUCUCUCUCUGCCUGACUCCGAGAAACCAUCAUCUCCAUUUUGUUUUUUUUUAAGUAGGCAAGUUUCUCGGAGAUCGGGGCUUUUCUUCUCCUUGAUCCGUCUCAGAUUUCUUGCUUAAUAUGGAGAAUGUAAUCGAAUAAAAUAAAUAGCCUUUUUUAAUCUCUAGGAGUUUCAUGGGGAUUUGCUUUAGCGCUCAAGGGCAGUUCCAAUUCUCUCAAAACCAAAACUCCUCUCAGAAGAAGACACCAGCACCAGGUAUCUCAAUCUUAUCACAUCGGAUUCGGAUCUCCUUUUAUAAAAACAAAUUGAAUUUUGCAGUGUAUCUAAUGAAUACGGAUUGUAAAGAGUCGUCGUCGUCGGUUGGUGGUACUAAACCGAGUCCAAGCGGUUUGCCUUUGGCUCCAAAAAACAUCAAAGAUCUCCAGUCCAAUCCUGGUUACGAGAACGUCGACAUCUUCACCUACGAGGAGAUGAAGUUAGCCACCAAGCAGUUCAGGCCUGAUUUCAUCCUCGGCGAGGGUGGUUUCGGCGUCGUCUACAAAGGUGUCGUUGAUGAGACCGUGCGGCCUGGUUACAACUCCACCAAAGUUGCUAUCAAGGAACUUAAUCCUGAGGGCUUUCAGGGAGAUCGCGAGUGGCUGGCUGAAGUUAACUAUUUAGGACAGCUUAGUCAUCCCAACUUGGUCAAGCUUAUUGGCUACUGCUGUGAAGAUGACCACAGGUUGUUAGUCUAUGAAUACAUGUCAUUGGGAAGCCUCGAGAAACAUCUCUUUCGAAGAGUUGGUUGCACUUUGACAUGGUCCAAAAGAGUGAAGAUCGCUCUUCACGCAGCCAAGGGUCUCGCCUUUCUUCAUGGUGCUGAACGCUCCGUCAUCUAUCGAGAUCUCAAGACUGCCAACAUAUUGCUCGACGAGUGUUACAAUGCUAAACUCGCUGACUUUGGACUAGCCAAAGAUGGCCCCAGCGGAGAUCAAACGCAUGUGUCAACUCGUGUUAUGGGCACUUACGGAUACGCUGCUCCUGAGUAUGUUAUGACAGGGCAUUUGACAUCGAGAAGUGAUGUUUAUGGAUUUGGGGUUCUUCUCCUUGAGAUGCUCCUUGGGAAAAGGGCAAUGGACAAAAGCAGACCUUGCCGGGAGCAUAACUUGGUCGAGUGGGCAAGACCGCUACUCAAUCACAACAAAAAGCUUUUGAGGAUCAUUGACCCUCGAAUGGAUGGGCAGUACACCACCAAGGCGUUGAUGAAAGUAGCUGAUUUGGCAUACCAAUGCUUAAGCCAAAACCCUAAAGGAAGGCCCCUCAUGAGUCAUGUAGUAGAAGUCCUCGAGACUCUCAAGGAGGACGGUAAUGCCCAAGAGGAAGUCAUGGCUAAUCUCCAUAGCAGAGGCAAGUCUGUAACUUUAUAUGAAGCAGCUCCUUGUGAUUCUUCCCAAGGCACAAGAAACGUUGAUGGACAGAGGAGGAGUGGUAGAAGCAAGAGCGAAGCUUCCGUGGAUGUUUCUGCUCUUGUUUCAGACUCGGAUCCGGAAUCUACCAAAGUUUAAGACUCAAGACAAGAAAGAUUCACAAGUGAAUUGAAGAUUUAUGAUCAAGAAAGGUAGCAGAGUUGGGUUAAGUGUAUAAAUAAGCUGAGUCUUCGUUUUGGGGAUCCUUUUUUCUUUUUUUAAUCUUUUUGGAGAUUACGAAUAUUAGUGCAAUAUGCAAUUUGAUCAACCUUUGAAAUUCAAAUGGAUUUUUGUUUUGAUCAAAGAAAAUGGUAUAUUUGACAAACUGAUUGCAUAACUUGGUAAUGCAUAGCAAUAUUAUAUAGCA